GGAGGUGCUACAACAUCAGAAAUUACGAAGAAUCAUCCUGAACAUUACAUCCUAUAUUAUUCUGGAGUCGAUAGACUUAUAGGGAUUAUAGCCAACGAGAAGGUUGUUUUACCAAUUAAACUGAUAAUUGGGUUAUAUUACGGAGAUCCGGGCUGUGAAAAGACUACAUAUUGUAGGGAUAAUUACCUGAAUGCUUUUUAUAGAUUGGUUGAUGG